UUGUGUGUGUAUGUGCGUUGGAGGUGAAACUGCAAAGAUAUUAGGAGUUUUUCCAACUCCUUCUAUAAGCCAUCAAGUUGUGUUUCGCCCAUUGAUGUUAGAACUAGCUAAGCGUGGACAUGAAGUCACAGUUAUAACAACAGAUCCAGUUUUUCAAAAAGGUCAAGCUCCUAAAAACCUAACUGAAAUCGAUGUUCAUGAUAUGUCCUAUGAAGUCGUCGAGGAUUUUGUCAUAAAUCAUGGAAACAAGAAAGAUCAAAUUAGCUUUUUUUACAUGAUGUGUGAUUUCAUUUUAGAAGUGUUUGUUAAACAAUUAAAAUCUGACGAAAUUCAAAAUUUACUUCGUAGUAAUAGUCAAUUUGAUUUGGUAUUUGCCGAAUCUUUUAUCCGCCCUGCUCUUAUUUUUUCACACAUUUUCAAUGCGCCAGUGAUUGAAUUCAGCUCCUUAAGUGGUAUCAAUUCAGCUCUUGAAAUGGUCGGAGCAGCCACACAUCCUCUAAUAUAUCCAAAUGCAAUGCAUAGAAGAAUUUAUAACUUAACGAUCUGGGAAAAGAUUACAGAACUUUAUUAUCAUUAUUCAACGGAGCAGAUUUAUAAGAAUCAUUUAAAUAUUGAAAAUGAACACUUAAAAUCUAUUCUUGGUCCAAAUAUACCAGAUUUGGACGAUUUGAGGCAAAAUGUUCGGAUGCUGUUCUUGAAUGUACAUCCUGUUUGGGAUUUCAAUCGGCCUGUUCCACCAAAUGUAUUAUUCUUAGGAGGUUUGCAUCUAAAACCUCCAAAGGAUAUACCGCAGGAUUUAAAAUCAUAUCUUGAUUCUUCGAAAAAUGGAGUUAUAUAUGUGAGUUUUGGUACAAAUGUUAAGCCAUUGAUGUUUCCACCGGAGACGUUGAAGAUAUUUACUGAUGUAUUUUCUCAACUGGCUUACGAUGUUCUGUGGAAAUGGGAUAACGAUGAGCUACCAGGACGUCCAAAGAACGUUAGGAUUUCUAAGUGGCUGCCACAAUCUGAUUUGUUACGGCAUCCCAAAAUCAAGCUAUUUAUAACUCAAGGGGGCUUACAGUCCACGGAUGAGGCAAUAACAGCUGGAGUACCUCUUAUUGGCAUACCGAUGCUUGGUGAUCAAUGGUUUAAUGUCGAGCAAUACGUUAAAUUUAACAUCGGAAAAGGUCUUUCCAUAGAUACACUCACAGAGAAACAGCUAAUGGAUGCUAUUAAAACUAUAAGCGACAGUGACAGCUAUCGUCAAAAUGUUGUGAAGCUACGCAGCUUUAUAAAUGAUCAACCGCAAUCGCCCUUGGAGCGCGCUGUGUGGUGGACUGAACACGUCCUACGACAUAGUGACUUAGAGUAUCGGCGCACGCCUGCCGCGAACAUACACUGGACUGAGUAUUAUGAACUAGGAAUAGUUUUAUUGUUGUUAAGUUCUUUGAUCGUUUUAUUGCCAGUCACAGUAUUAGCAAUAUAUUUUAUUAUUUCAAGAGUUCACAAUUACACGCGCAUAAAAGUUAAGAAAAUUUAAUAAAUAAUAAAAAGUUAAUCAAAGCAUACUGGCAUCAUAAAAUAUGUAUACAUACACUUUUAAAAAUGGGAAUCGAAUCAUAACUAGCCAAGAAAUAAGUAUAGCAGACAUUUAUAAUAUUAUUUCCAAUUAAGCUGGUGUGUGUUUAUGUUUUUAAUAUACGCUU